AUGAGAGGGCUCACCAGGCUGGGGCUGGCCCUGGUCAUCGUCUUCCUCGUUUGCCUCCUCGCAUUGGCCGUCGAGCUCGUGUACCUGCUCUGGUACCGUCGCCGGAGUUUCCGGCGAGUGAGCUCCGACCAGGAGCUUGCUGCGGCGACCGUGGCGGCGGGAGACUCCUUGGAGGGUAACCCCACCUCCAAGGAGCUCCUCCUCUACGUCCUUUGCUGGAAGAAUCAGUCCCGGAUCGAGCCCACUGCGGCCCCCGUCGCCAAGCCAUCGCCGCCGCCGCCGCCGCCGCCUCAGCCGGCGGAGGAAGACGUCGUCGACGACGAGCUGGAGAAGUGGCGGGGGAUGUACGCUUCAAGGGUGCUCUUCACCAUCAGUGAGGGGGAGAAGGAGGGGGCCGAGUCUGAUGGGGGAAGCGGCCGGGCGGCGCCGCCACCCGGAGGAGGGCUCACUCCCUUCUCCACCCCCUGCGGCUCCCCUCCCUUCUUCACCCCCCCGCCAUCUCCCCCUCGCUCUUCCCGGAACCUCCUCGCCGGAGAUGAAGACGAAGACGAAGAAGAUACCCGUUGCGGCCGAGGGGCCACCACCCCCGCCGCUGCCGCGGCCGGAGGAGGAGGAGGAGGAGGAGAACUCCACCUAGAGAGCUCCGGUGACUGA